GAAUUAAUCUACUCUCAAAAGUUGUAGUAGGAGUACUACUGAGUAAGCAUCCGUGUUAACGGAAACAGAUCCAACCGAAAUCCGGCGCAGCGAGUCCCAGGAGGCUUUGACCCGCGGCGCGCACAAAGCACAAUCGCAAGCGCCCAAAGCGCGUCGCGUCGCACCACCUCUGCAGCGGCCAAACGAUGCCAAGCGCGGCAGGUGCCGCCCGGACUACGCACAGCACGGCACAGCCACCACCCUGAACAAAAACUAGCACUAAACUAAACUAAACAAACGUAAGCAAAGCUGCCCCCCCCCUCGCAGAGAGAGGGCAAGAUAAAUACGCACUCCAAAGCGGCACACACAAACCAACACAUACCCGAAGCCCGAAACGCGAGCCCAAACAAAAGCACCAGCGCUGCUUGCCGCCGCGGCACAGCUCCGCGGCUUGCUUGCUUGCGUGCGUGCGUGCCUGUUCAGCCGGGAGGCGCAUUGGCGCAUACGGCCGUGCGCCGGCGGGCCAGACACACACACGCAUCGCCGGGCGUCGCGUCGGCGGCCUAGCUAGCUAGCUAGCCGCGAGGCGAGACCAAAGAGCCGGCCGCGCCGUCGGCAGGCAAUGGCGGGUCGCGGCCUGACGGCCCUGCUGCUCGUCGCGGUGUCCGCCGCGUUCUUGGCGGGCGCGCGCGCGGGCGGCGCCCGCCCGGGCAACUCGGCGCGGUUCGACCUGCUCCGCCUCGCGCCGGCGUCGCUCGCCGACCUGGCGCGCAGCGACCGGCAGCGGAUGGCGUUCAUCGCCUCGCACGGGCGGCGCCGCGCGCGGGAGACCGCCGCCGGGUCGUCCGCGGCGGCCUUCGAGAUGCCGCUGACCUCCGGCGCGUACACGGGCAUUGGGCAGUACUUCGUGCGCUUCCGCGUGGGCACCCCGGCGCAGCCGUUCCUGCUGGUGGCCGACACCGGCAGCGACCUCACCUGGGUCAAGUGCCGCCGCCCCGCCGCCAACUCGUCGGAGUCGGGGUCGGGGUCCGGGCGCGCGUUCCGUCCAGAGGACUCGAGGACAUGGGCGCCCAUCUCGUGCGCCUCGGACACCUGCACCAAGUCGCUCCCCUUCUCCCUCGCCACCUGCCCCACGCCCGGCAGCCCCUGCGCCUACGACUACCGGUACAAGGACGGGUCGGCGGCGCGCGGCACGGUGGGCACGGAGUCGGCGACCAUCGCGCUGUCGGGGCGGGGCCGGGAGGAGAGGAAGGCCAAGCUCAAGGGCCUGGUGCUCGGCUGCACCAGCUCCUACACCGGCCCCAGCUUCGAGGUCUCCGACGGCGUGCUCAGCCUCGGCUACAGCGACGUCUCCUUCGCCUCCCACGCCGCCUCCCGCUUCGCCGGCCGCUUCUCCUACUGCCUCGUCGACCACCUCUCCCCGCGCAACGCCACCAGCUACCUCACCUUCGGCCCCAACCCCGCCGUCGCCUCCUCCUCCUCCCCCUCCUCCCCCGCCCCGGCCUCGUGCACCGCCGCCGCCCCACGCCCCCGCCCACGCGCGCGCCAGACGCCGCUGCUGCUCGACCGCCGGAUGCGCCCCUUCUACGACGUCGCCGUCAAGGCCGUCUCCGUCGCCGGCCAGUUCCUCAAGAUACCGCGCGCCGUCUGGGACGUCGACGCGGGCGGCGGCGUCAUCCUCGACUCCGGCACCAGCCUCACCGUGCUGGCCAAGCCGGCCUACCGCGCCGUCGUGGCCGCGCUCAGCGAGGGCCUCGCCGGCCUGCCGCGGGUCACCAUGGACCCCUUCGAGUACUGCUACAACUGGACGUCGCCGUCGGGCGACGUCACCCUGCCCAAGAUGGCCGUGCACUUCGCCGGGGCGGCGCGGCUCGAGCCCCCCGGGAAGAGCUACGUCAUCGACGCCGCGCCCGGCGUCAAGUGCAUCGGCCUGCAGGAGGGCCCCUGGCCAGGGAUCUCCGUCAUCGGGAACAUCCUGCAGCAGGAGCACCUCUGGGAGUUCGACAUCAAGAACCGACGGCUCAAAUUCCAGAGGUCGCGGUGCACGCACUGAUCCUGGCCGUCGUUCCGGAUCCAGCCACGUCUUGUGUUUUUUUCUGCUUGUGGUGGUGGUGGUGGUGGCGGCCUCGCUGAUUAUUGUUUGUUUUUGCCCCGUCUUCUUCAGAUCUAUACUAAUGCAAUGAGAAAUGUGCCUUGCAGUUGCAAAAAUGAGUAAGCUGUAAUAAGUUUUCUGCUCUUCUCUUUUUCUUUACCACAUUUGGUAUCUUCAUUUCAGUGAAUAUAUAUACGUUUAGAGCCGGUUCGUUUAUUUGUUCCAAAA